AAUCUUUUUUCUUUUUAUCAUUUUCAGUAUUCCAGUCAGCUUGCACAUGUCUCAAUUAUCUACCAUAUAAAAAAAAAUUAGAAAAUAUUUUUGCCUCUACUAAAAUUUUAAUCUAAAAUAUAAUGAUUCUCAAUCUACUUUGUUAACCUCACUUUUUGUGCUUACUAUUAUCUUUUUCUUUUAGUCACUCUGAAGUUUCAACAACCACCUAGUUAAGCAAAGCUACACAGUGAAUAAAAAGUGAAAGUCCAAUAUCUCAGCAACCAAAAUUCACAUCUCUUUAAGCCUUUAUUUAUAUUGUAUGUAUACUAUUAUAUAUGUACAUGUCUUCAUGUCCACCUUCAUUAUCACCGCUCUCUUCAAGUCUUCUAAACAUUAUAAUAUGUCUUCAUAUCAACCUUCAUUAUAAACAUUUCUACAACCCCUUCAUUUUCCUCUCAAGCACACACCUAAAUUCAGAGCAACCAAGCAAGCAAGCAAACAAACAAAAAGGCCAUGGACUGGUUUUCUUGGCUAUGCAAAACAGGUCUAGAGCCAUCUCUUGUUUAUGAAUAUGGCCUAGCAUUUGCUCAUAAUGAGCUCGAAUACGAAGACAUUGUUUACUUCAACCACGAAUUUCUCCAAAGCAUAGGCAUUUCCAUUGGCAAACACAGGUUAGAAAUUCUCAAACUUGCCAAGAAAGAAAAAGGUUCAGUUCCAACUUCCAUGUCAAGAUUUCUCCAAGUUAUCAAACGCACAAAGAAGCGCUUAUCGCAGCUCUUUAUAGUGAAGUGGGGUCAUAGCGAGGAAUUAGCACUUGCUUUAGUACCAAAAAGCAAUGGAAGUUCCAGAUGGAAAAGCUCUAUGCUGAAGAGGAACACAAGAGUUGCUGCAGCUAAGCAGAAUCAUUUGUUGCUCAAAAAUGGGAGUUCAAAUUUCAGUGCAGAUUCAAGAAUGAAUAGUUUUUCUAGUCAUAAGGUUAAUAAUGAUGAUAAAAUGGGGGAUGAUUAUUGGGGGUCCUGUGUAGUUGAAGAAAUCAGGUGGGAUACAAUGUUUCAGAAUCUAAAACCAACUUAACUUUCUCUUGCUUUUUGUUGAUGUAAUUUUCAACUAUGAGAGAUGGAUAGAAUUUCUUAAACUUUAAUUAGAUGUCUCAGGUUCGAGCUUCAUAUAUGAAAAAAUAAAAAUGUAUAGAAAGCUUGAUGGACCUUACACAGCAAGGAGUAAGGGUUGGAAUUUCUGUAAUUUGAUAUUUGCUCAAAAUAUUUUUACCUCAGCGGUGGGCACAAGGAGAAAGCCACCCAUGAAUGUAUAGUGUAUAAUUAUCAAUGAGAUUACUUCAAUGAUUUUACUUGUU